AUGCAACACCUCACACAGGAGCUCUUCGAGCAGCGAUCCCGUGAGUUCGGCGAGCUGCUGAUCCUUGACGACGUCAUCUCGCUUCACGCGGGAGAGGAGCCCUCGCCCGUCAUCUUUGCGUAUCCUCGGGACGCCGCCGACCGUCACUCCGGCGCCGAGAAUGACUACUUUGAGAGUUAUACCGCCGCGCAGAUUGACGCCUACGUCGACGCGGCGGUGCAGCACCUCCUCCAAUCCGGUCACGAGCCUAAACUCGGCCGCGUCGUGGGUAUACUGGGAAACCCAAACCUCGACUGGGUCGUCCACCUGUUCGCGCUGUCCCGUCUCGGAUACUGCGUCGCCAUGAUGUCGCUACGGCAAAAGCCCGUCGGCCUCGCCAGUCUGCUCUCCUCCGCCGGCGCCGACGCCGUCGUCCACGACGCCACCGAGGGCACCCCGGAACUCGUCUCCGGCAUCCUCGCGAUACAGCCGGCCUCCUCCUCCAUCACGCCCAUCCCAUUUGUCCCGCGCGCCGUCUACCAAGCCCCCCUCACCACCCCCCGGGCCUCGCGCUUCUUCACCCGCGAGGCGCAGAACAAGACCACCGCGAUCGUCUUCUCCACCUCCGGCUCGACCGGCCUGCCCAAGGCCAUCCCCUACCGCCACGCGCACCUCGCCCUGUCCAUCUUCACCUCCACCGAGCCGCUCCCCACGCUGCUCUCCUGGCCGCUGUACCACGGCUGGGGGCUGGGCGUCAUGCUCGGCGCUUUUUACUACGGCCAGCCGUGCCACGUCAUGGACACGCUCCCCGCGCUGACCGCCGCGGAGUUCGUGGCGGCGCUCGAGGCGGCUCGCCCGGCGUUCCUGCCGGCCGUCCCGCACAACGUGGCGCUCAUCGCGGACGAACCGCGCGGGCUGGCGUGCUUGCGGGCGGCGCGCUACGUGACGACGGGCGGCGCGCGGCUGCCGGACGAGCUGGGGGAGCGGCUGCUGGCGGCCGGGGUGAACAUCAGCACGACGAUGGGGAGCUCGGAGGCGACGCGCAACUUUGCGACGUCCAUGUACAGGCCGGAGGGGGAUGAGGCGUGGGAUUAUUUGGAGUUUGCGGGGGUGCUGCGGCAACACGUGAGGCUGGAUCCGGUGGAGGGUAGCGAGCCGCUGCACGAGAUUGUGCUGCUGGAGAGCUUCCCGGGGUUGGGGACGGAGUUGCGGACGGAGGACGUGGUGCGGCCGCAUGAGAGGAAGAGGGAUGCGUGGAAGUUUGUGUGCAGGGAGGGAGACUUUGUGGCGCUCAGCACGGGGCUGAAGUUGCUGGGGGCGCCGUUUGAGGAUAGGCUGCAGGCGAGUCCGCUGGUGGACGGUGCGGUGGUGGUGGGUGUCGGGCGUACGGCGCCGGGUCUGUUGGUGCUGCCGGCGGCGGGGACGGAGGAGGACGUGGAGGAGGAGGUGUGGAGGUUGGUGGAGGAGGCGAACGCGGUGGUGCCGGGACAUGCGGAGGUGACGAGGGACAAGGUCGGAGUGUUGCCGCGCUCGGCGAGGCUGCCGAGGACGGACAAGGGAAACGUGAUGCGGCAGAGGGUGUACGUCGAGUUUGCGCGAGAGAUUGAGGCUCUGUAUGCGUAG